AUGGAUGGGGAGGCGCAGCCUGGCCUGUUAAAAGAGCUGCAAUUCAUCACGUUCACAGAUUUCAAGCAAACCACAAACGCAGAAACAAAAAAAAUAGUUCGUAGCCAUGCAAGGCGUCGAGCGCACCAUGAUACGAGGGGAGAAUGCAUAUCAAAGCGUGGAGUGAUCGUUCUUGACCCAGCGCCGCUGAUUGGCGAACGUUCACCAGCACAGCAGGAUGGAGACCCCGAGAAGCCUCCCGCAAAGCUACCAAGCCCCAGCAGGCUUGGAGCAGGCCGCCUAGACCCAUUCGCUGCUCACCCUAUUCCUAUGAGCAUGAAGAUCCGGGAACUAGUCGAUCAUUUACGUGGAGACUUCUGCCCCAUGUUCCGAUCGAUGACCCGAAUUGGGUUUUUUGCGAGCAUGAAAGACCCUGCGGGUUUUUGCCAAAUUCUCUCUACUUCGGCCUCUCACAUGGAGCAAUUGCGCGGAACUGGGGCGAAAUCCCCAGAGGCGAUUGCGCUCUCAACUCGAGCUUUGCGGUCUUUGAAUAGUAGACUUACCGACCCACUUGCGAGCAUUAGUGAUGGCGUCAUUGCUACUAUUUUGGCGUUUUGUUGUCAUGGUGUCAUGUUCAAUGAUUUGCAAGGCUCGGUGCUGCAUUUAAAUGGCCUAGAGCAAAUACUUCGGCUGAGGGGCGGUUUGUCUACAUUGAAUCCUAUACUACGAAUGGUCCUAUUUUGGACCGAUACCAGUAUUGCAUUUUGUCAAUUUGUUCCGCCGCGAUUCCCCGCCCCACACAAUCUAUUGCCCAGAAUCAACAAGCAACUUUCGUUGAAUGCUUCCAUGCCGCUCAUGGAAGCCUCCGUCGCAGUUGACAUUGUCAUGGCUAUGAAUAACUUGUAUUGUUUAAACGAGUUGAUCGCAGAAAAAGCCAUGGCUGGAGAUAUAUGGCGCGGUGGUGUUUUUGCAGGUCUGCAUAUCGUCCCGGUGCUCCAUGAAUUUCUCUCGAUACCACUUAACUGUCCUACUCGUGAUCCCGUCUUAAUACGACAAGACGCGUACCAAGUCGGUGCCAUACUUUACCUUGGUAUUAUCCGGCGCAGGUUUGGUAUGAAGACAUAUAUAUCUCCUGAUGGACAUUCUCAUGUUCGCACCCUCAAAGACACAAUUACUUCCCUGGAAGCCAGCGGUCAGAUAUUUGAUGAUCGAACAUUGUUAUGGCUGCUCCUACUUGGCAGCGUAGAAUCUAUAGUUACCCAGGACCAUCAAUGGUUUGUAUCUAACUUGGUACAAUCUAUUGUUCGUGUUGGCUGCCAGUCCUGGGGUGCGGUAUUAAAUUACGUCCGAGAAGUCUUGUGGAUUGAGGGUCUCGCACACAUGGAAUCCGAAAGCCUUCGUGGAGAAGUCUCCACUGAAUUAUUAAGUUCGUAUGGCUACAUACUUACCUAG